AACAGCAGUAGUUCAAUCACUCAAGUUACAAUAUAUAGCAAAACAACAUGGCAGACCCGAAUCAAAUCACGCUCACAUACCAAGAUCGCAUUGCAAUCGUCACUCUCAACCGUCCCGAAGUACUGAACGCCCUAGACGGCGACGCGUACUAUCUUCUCGGAGAACGAUUGCGCGAAGUUGACAAGAGAGAUGAUAUUUACAUUACUAUAUUAACUGGGAAAGGCCGGUUCUUUUCCGCUGGUGCUGAUAUCCGCGGCAACGGGGUCAGUCGUCGAGCAGACAACACUCUGUCUGAAGAGGAACAGCGCCGAGAAAUAAUGCGCUCAUUCCUCGUAAAUAACCUGGACAUUACACGCACCGUGUACAAUCAUUCAAAGAUCCUUGUGGUUGCUCUCAACGGUCCCGUCGUCGGACUCACUGCCGCUAUUAUCUCCUUUGCGGAUUUCAUCUACGCUGCUCCUCAUACGUUCCUUCUCACACCUUUUUCGUCACUGGGUUUGGUCGCCGAAGGCGGUGCUUCGAGGGGGUUUGUACAAAGACUCGGUAUUUCCAAAGCAAACGAGGCGCUGCUCAUGAGUAGGCGAAUCACAUGCGAGGAACUAGUAUCAACUGGUUUCGUGAACAAAGUUAUCCCUGCGCCAUCCGGGAGAAAUAAUGAUUCUGAUGGAUUUUUGAAAGCUGUUCUGGCUGAGGUUGAUGAUAGAUUAGGUCUGCAUCUGAACCAGACUAGUCUUCUGGGUAUCAAGAGACUUAUUCGCCAACCGGAACGCGAGAUUCUUGAUAGACAGAAUUUGUUAGAGGUGUUUGGUGGUGUGGAUAGAUUUGUUGCUGGUUAUCCACAGGAAGAAUUUAGAAAGCUCGCCACUGGUGAGAAGAAGCAUAAGUUGUGA